AAUAUUAUUUCGCAAAAUUUUUUGUAAGAUAUAUUCAAAAGAUCCAAAGGAAAUCGGAGAAGAAUCAAAGAUAAUUGUAAGAGUUUCCGAUUCUAUAAUGAUUACGAACGUAGAGCCUGUAAGGACCGCGAACGUCGAGAUUCUUUGCAACCGCGAUGAUCUCGACGAUCUACUGGAAGAGGAGGAAAAAGAAAACGUGAACACAUACGGCAAGAUCAUCCUCAGGGAAUACUUGAGUCUUCUCUCCGCUGAGGACGCAAAGAUCAAUUUCAUCCUAAAGGUUCUGACAAAGGCAGUAAACGAACAUAAAAUUUUUGUGAUUUAUGGCACUUUCCCGGUGCUAAGAAAGCCUCUAGGAAGAAGAAACUGGAUAGAGAAAAGGUUCAUCAGAAGAAUGCUGUCAAUGUCACCGGAAAUCUCGGAAGCUGGCUUGGAAACGAUUGAAAAGUUAUUACGUUAUCCUGCCAAUUUUAUAUGGUCCACUAAUAAAAGAGUAGCUGUUAGAACAGAAGAAAGAACCAUAAUUAAUAAAUUCUCAGGAUGCUAUUUCACAUCAAAGGUUACUUAUAGCAAGUGAUUUU